GAACAGAAUGAAACAAACAGCCGACAUCGAUCUUGGAAGGCGGCGCGGGCAGGCUUCUUUUUCAUUGAACAAAAAGAAAUAACGAGAUCUCGCGUAAUGAGUGUUUGUGCAUUAAAUAUAUAGGAAACAUUCUGUGCGUGUAUCGUAUGCGAAGUUAUGUAUUUUGUGCUUAGUGUAAGUUAGUAACCUAUUCGACUAGUGAAGUGAUUUUGUGCUGUGACAAAAAAAUAGACGUAUCGCUUCUUGGAGCAAGCUGCCGGUCGUGUAUGACUGAAGAUUGCGGAGUAGAUCAGUAUCGGAGUGCUCAAUAAGUGUGUUUGAGUCAAGAUGGCAGAGACAGACACAGAAACGCUCACCAACGGAAACGCGACCCUGUCUGCGGAAGAGGACGAGAGACUGAAGCAGAGGCCGGCUGAUAUUGAUGCGGAUGUGCGCGAGAUGGAGCGCCGUAAACGCGUGGAGGCGCUGAUGUCUUCGAAACUGUUCCGCGAGGAACUGGAGAGAGUACUGGAUCAGCAGAUGCAUGAUGGCAGCGACGCGCCGCUGCUGCAGCGCAUCAAAGAGAUGGUUGGCGGCAGACUGCACACGGGCAGCUUGAGGGGUCCAAGCUGCGUUCUUCCGAUCAACGACAUCCGCGGCAUCGAAGGCGUCGGCUACGAGAAAGGCGAAAAGAUCCUUCGUUGCAAACUGGCUGCGGUCUACCGGCUGGUGGACUUGUUCGGUUGGACCCAGACGGGAAUACACGGGCAGAUAACAGCGCGUCUGAACACGGCUGUGGAGCAGGUGCUGACCACGCCCCGUGGCCUGCUGCCUCACGAGGUGACCGCCUCGUCCCUCGUCAAGGUCGACAUGCAGGGAGUCGUGCACGACCAGGGCACCACUAACUUCCCCGUCAACGUUGAAGGGUUCUCGUUGCACGCGAGUGUGCACGCGGCCCGUCCAGACAUUCGCUGCGUGCUGCAUCUGCGCUCAUCAUCAGCUCUGGCCAUCUCGUCUACGCGCCGCGGGCUUCUGGCUCUCUGCGCUGAGGCCGCUACCCUCGGCCAGCUGGCGUACCAUAACGCACCCGUAGGACUUCUGGACAACGAGGAGCAAGACAAGAUCGUGCGAGCUCUGGGGCCCCACUCGAAGGUCCUGAUGCUGAGCGGCGGCGGGGCCCUGUGCUGCGGCGCGACGCUCGAGGAGGCCUUCUCCCAGGCCAAGAACCUGAACACGGCCUGCGAAGUGCAGCUCAGACUGGCUUCAAUGCCACUAGAUGAGCUGAACGUCCUCGACGAGGAGACAAGGAGACAGAUCUACGAGAGCGCCCACAAGGCUCCUCCUGAGGCCGGUAAGUGGCGCGUGGGUGGCGAGGAGUUCGAAGCGCUCAUGAGGAUGUUGGAUAACGCCGGCUUCCGGACCGGGUACAUAUACCGACACCCGCUCGUCAAGAAUGACGUUCCAAAGCCCAAGAAUGAUGUGGAGGUGCCACCGGCUGUGUCAUCUCUGGGCUAUCUGCUGGAAGAAGAGGAGCUGUACAAGCAAGGACUGUGGAAGAAAGGACAAGGCAAGACCGGUGAACGUACUCGGUGGUUGAACUCUCCCAAUGUGUACCAGAAGGUGGAGGUACUGGAGACUGGCACAUCGGACCCGAAGAAGAUCACCAAGUGGGUGGACGCUAACAACGAAGAGUGGGUGCAGGACGGUUCUCCCUCUCACUCUAGCACUCCGGUGAAGAUCGAUACGCUACAGUUUGUGCCCAAAAACACGAAUCCGAAGGAGUUUAAGAAGUUGCAACAGCAGAUUAAGGACUAUCGCCGCGCCGAUAAGAUCAGCGCCGGGCCUCAGUCACAUAUCCUGGAGGGUGUCACUUGGGACGAGGCCUCGAAGCUGGUCGGAGAAGACGCGGCUAACACUCACACCGGGGACCAUGUUGUGCUGAUGGGUGCGGCAUCGAAGGGCAUCAUCCAGCGCGGUUUCCAACACAACGCGACCGUGUACAGCGCGCCUUACGCACGCAACCCGUUCGACCACGUCACCGACACGGAGAUCGACGAGUACCGCCGCACCGUCGAGCGGAAACAACGCAGCGACUACGACACUGAUUUGUCCGAAUCGGAAGCAAUCAGCGCUGCUCAGAUCACUUCGCCGGCCAGCGCGCCCUCCGAGACUGAGGAGGAGUCCAGAGACGAGCAUCGAGUGCUGAGAAUAGAGACGAAGCAGGUGCCGGUGAGGAGCCAGCCUGAAGUGGUCUUGAGUGAUGCCGAAAACGAUUUCUUGAACGCCGAACGCGACCAUGCCGACCGUACCCGAGGAGAGCACACGGUCAACGGUGAUCACUCCGAUGCACACCAGAGUACGUUCUCCCACAGCAGCAAAGAGGGAUCCCCAUCCAAGGAGAUCUCGACUGAGGACUCACCCAAGAAGGAUAAGAAGAAAAAGAAGGGACUGCGGACGCCCUCGUUCCUCAAGAAGAAGAAAGAAAAGAAGAAGGAGAAGUCCAGCACGCCGCAACCAGCCUAGAUGAUAAAGAGAGAUUGAACACUGCCAUCUCGCUUUCAUAUUGUAAUAUUGCGAAUAAGCAAUUACGCAAAUUCCGCUUCAGUGUCCCGAUAUUUGCGUAACCCACCUGUUUGUGGGCGUCGAGCCCCAAACGUCGGAAUUUCUAUUCAGAACUUGAGUACCUCUGUAGCUAUCGGAACUCGCUAUUUAAAAAAAACAAGACACUUUGUGAAUUCAUUGCUACGAACCUUACCAGAAUUACGUAAUUUUGACUCCACACCAAUACUUUUGUAAAUGUGGUUUUACUCUAAACUCAAACCACCUCGUACCAUAUGUGUAAAAUAUACAAAUAGUGACUCAACUCGCUCACUAGAUGGAGUGCAGUAAUGAAGGGAAACGGCUUAAGCCCAAGCCCGCGCCGCUUUCGGUCCUACCGGUUUGUUCAAUUGCAAAUCGGUACUCGCAUUAAGGCGUGCCACGUCUUGUUUUUGUUACUUAGUUGGAUUUAUAAUCAAAUUUGUACUUUACCUUAAAUAUCCUUACAUAAUAAUUUUUAAUAACUUUUGACCCACAGCACACAUGGCUGUGGGUCAAAAUCUUAUAGCAAGUUUAUGUGACAAUAGCAUAUUUCUUAGUAACGUCGCGUCGUUUUGGAGUUGAUACACUAUUUUGUAUUUAUUACACAUAAUUAUGCCCGUACUUUGUGUUUAUAGUUAUGUCAACAAAUUUCGUAUCUAUUAUACGUAUGUACAACGUAAUUUCGUAGCUGUUGGUUUCGUGUUACAACUUACAAGUUUUUUACGUUUGCAACUGUUGAAUUUAAACGUCUUUAUUUGAAUUAAGCUGUGACUCGAAAUUUUGUCAUUAUUGUAAUUUUGACAACAAUUAAUACAUAUUUCGAUAGAUGUUCAGUGACAUGGCAUAUUUGAAUGAAAUAUUAUGUUACAUAAUCUGUAAAAAGCGCGGUUAGAAUGAAGUUUUGCAACUGUUAACUAUAUAUUUUAGCUAUUGCUAAGUUUAUAUAUAACUAUUAUGUUUAACUUAUUAUUCAUUAUUAAUGUAAAAUUCAUUUGAUUUCGUUGUAAUACGUUAGCGCUUUAUUUUACAAUAGUUUUUGAAUUUUAUACAAAUUGUUUUAUAGUUUUUCGAUGAAAUUGCAUUUAGUGAUUUUAAUGAAUUUACGAGCAAACCUAGUUCUGAAUAGAUAUAGAUUGUAAGUGCUAAUUAAAACGCAAUUUUAUUAUAUUUAUUUAGGAUUUCCAUCAAAUAUAUUCUAAUGACUUGCCUAGCGUCUCUUAUGAUGUUGAUAUUUUAAAAAUGUUUCUAAUUGUAAUAAUUGUUCGCGAAUUUUGAAUGGUGUAUAAAUACUCAAAGGUUUUUUUUUGUAGCAAAUUGGUUAUACAUUUUUUAAAUUUGGAGCUAGCAAUAUUCUCCGUUCAAUUCUGAACGGUUUUCGGUGCAUUGUGAGGGCGUACGAUGAAUUAAUUAUUAUUAGCAUGUAAUGCUUUUGUAUGAGGUGCUGGCGCGAGGGCUGUGCAAGCAAUUUGCAAUUCCUCUGGUGUCGAACAUGGACCUUAAAAACUCGAUUUAGUUUGGUCACAGAAAUAUGAAUAGCUAUGAACUUAAUAAUUGUGAAAUCCUGGCACAUAGGUAAAGGCAUGUAGGGUAACACUCCAUCGCUCUUAUUAAACUGUUAAAUACUAAAACCCCUACUUUGUUUAUGAUCUCCUGGUACCAACAAAGCUUAAUAUGUCGACGCUCGGUAAAAUACUUUCGCAAAAAGCGUCAGUUAAAUAAAAAAUAAAUUUAAAUCGGAAUUGUAAAUUGCUUGCAAAUCCCAGUAUUGCCAGUGCCUUCGCCAUCUGUGCUUUUAAGAAUGACAGCCCAGCGCUUUCCCGCCAAAAUGUUCCACUAGGCUUCGACCGUGUUGGGCUGCCGUUGUACAAAAUUUAAUUAUUACAAAUAGCACUAUUGAUGUAUAUUUAAGAUUUAUCCGCUAGCCUACGUUCGUAGAUUUUUUAAUUAUUUUAUUUUUGUUUACGUAAUCAUUUCAAUAUGGCGGAAAAAUUGAUUAUCCACUAUAGCAGAUUGUGUUUUAUGUCAAUCGAGUUACAAAAUAGCUGUUUUUAUUAUAUCUGACUAUUUAAAUUUUUUACACUUAUCCGGUAUCUACCACAAAGCGAUGUAUAGCUAUGAUGUAUUGAACUAUUUUGGCACCCAGAAGUUAGUUAGCAUAAUUGUGUAAAACACAAUUUCCUUUAAAUUAUACAGGCACUAACACUCCACUUCUGCUUUUACAUAUUCGAGUAAAAAAUGCGAGAUUUCCUCAUAAAUAGCAACAGUAACGAGAACGUCAAACCGCCAUUUUGAAUAUUUGAACAGUACACAAUAAUUUUAUUAUUGUUAUUACAUAUACAACUUAUUUUUAAUUUUAUUUUUCGCCUAGUUUUUAUCAAUUUGACAUUACCUAGAAUAAGUCUAGUGUUGUUAAAAUGACAAGUUGACUUUUAUCGGAGCGUUUGACUUUGACGGGCCAUAGAGUAGGUUUGGAUUUGACACAAGGUAAUGUUGCAAGAUGCAAUGUCUCCCUUUAAGUUUGCGAUGAAAAUUUAUCUUUAUCGAGUGUUGAAUGUUAAAACUUAUUUAGGUUCGAGAUAAUAUUAUGGUUGCAUACACACCAAAGGCUAGCAAAAUUUUUGUUUUAUUUCACUGUCUUAAAAUGAUUUUAUAGUCCAAUUUUGUCGACAUUAAUCGAAUGCUGGAAAUAAUUCAAUUUAAUCAUUUAUGGGGUGACGAAAUUUUUUCUUAUUAUUUAAACUAUAUAUAAUAUAUAUAUAAUAAAUUAUUAAACUCGUAUCAUUUAUUUUACACCUGUCACCUGUAGAUGGUCACCGAUGUUUCAUAAAACCUAUGAGAUUUCAGUUAAAUAUCUUUGGGAGUGUAAAGGACUUUUUUUAUAUUACUAUGGUCCUUCAGCAGUGACAACCUUUCUGCAAAAAAAAGUAUUUUCACCGUUUUUUUUUUGAAUAUGAAUGAUAUGCCGUUUGGUGUGGAUGUACGCUUACAUUGUCUUCGGCGCGGACCCCGAUAGGAUUAUUGUGUAUUUAUAAUGAAAUAAAUUUAUUAGUUUUAUAAAGAGUUUUACUUUUUCCCGCGUCACAAUAGUUUGGUUAAGAUUUAUUUUUUAGCUUAAAAGAGUUUAUUUGUAAUUUGUAUUUUUUUAUUUCAAUAUAUACUGUUUGAAUGAAUUAUUAUGGA